AUGGGACAAAAAAUAAUAAAUAAUUCAUUUGGAUUUCCUCCACCUAGAGCUCUACCUGGUACUAAUAUAGUGUUACCACAUGUUAUACUAGCUGACGAAGCAUUUAAGUUAUCUGUUAACAUCAUGAAACCAUACACAAGAAAAUCAUCUGUAACUAAUGGUGCUGAAAGUGUCUUUAAUUACAGAUUAAGUCGUGCUAGAAGGGUAACAGAAAAUGCUUUCGGUCUUAUCAGUCAAGUUUUUAGAAUUUUUUAUCAACCAAUAAACUUGGAAGUAUCAACUUGUGACCUUGUUUGGGUCUGUUGUUGCUUACACAAUAUGUUACGUGAUACAUAUCUUGAAUCAAAUAUAUCAUCACAUAAAUAUUCUAAUAAAGACAACAGUCAGCCAAAGAAUAACAUGAUAUCUCUGACUGGUCAUGGAAAUCUAUCUUAA